AUGGAUUCAAGUCGAAUUAUUGGAAUCCACUAGACAAGGAACCAAUUAGGAAUACAAUCUAUUAACAGCAAUAAUUUAAAUGAAUCUAUAGGUAGACUUCUUUAUUUUUAAGAAAAUCAGAAAAGAGAAGGAGCUGCUGUUUUGGUAUCACCACAACAUAUUAUUACCCCUAUAGUAAAUGUGGUCUCUCCUUAAAGUAAGGAGUUUAGUGUUAAAGAUUCAUUUGUUUUCUAAUCAUCAUUAGGAGAAUAUGUAGGCGUAAAAGAACUUUUCUUUGAAAAAACAUUUUAAUACGAUGAUUGGAACGAGGCAUCAAUAGCCGAUUAGCAGUAUUGUUGUUGUGCUAUCAUGCAACUAGAAAAACCUAUUAGAAAUGUUAGACAUUGUGGUAUUGUUAGCAUUUAGGAUUAUAGCGACUUUUUCAAAGUCCACACAAAUAAAUAUCUUUAUCUUCCUUCAGGUAAAAAUGAAUCAACCUAUGUCAUAGAAAACUUUGAAUAAGAUAAAUACUUUGUUUCAUUCGAUGUAAAUUAGCAAACUCAUUUAAAUGAGUAAAAAACCUAUCAAUAAUUUAGGAUAAAUACAUAAAUACCCGUUUUUGUUAAUGACAUAGAAAGUUUAGGUGGUUUAUGUUUAGUAGGGUUUGCUUAGCAAUACUUGUAAACGAGUAAAUUUUAGACUUGGAUAUUGAGCAAAGAUAAUUUUGAAGACAUUCAUAAAUGGCUUAAUGGCCACAACGCUAGUUUUACUGUUGAUUAUGAAACAACUAUCGAUAGUAGUAGAAAUUUUAAGUCUAAAGAACUUAAAGAUAGCAAAAAUGCUUAAGCACAUAAUGGUAAAGUACUAUGCCUAUUUAAAUUAGAAAAGUACUAUGCAGCAAGUUGUUCAGAAGAUAAACAAAUCAAGGUUUGGAAUUGGAGAACCGGUAAAUUAAAAAAAAUUUUUAAGACCGACAGACCUUGUAAAUUAGUAUUUGGAAUUAAUGAAUUCCUUAUUGGCGUGGAAGGGAAUAUGAUGAUAGUUAUUAAUUGGAAGAAUAAAAGAGUUGAGAAUAUUUCUACGCAUACUUGUGAAGUCAAUAUUGUCCGCCCAGUUAAAAACAGAAGUGAUAAAAUUGAUAGGAUAAUAUUAAUUGACAUUCAAAAUUGUAUUUACCUCUAUAGAUUUGAUUAAAAAGUUAAGGGCUUUUAACUUGAGAGAGAACUUUUAAGAUGGGAUAUACCAAAUGAUGUUAUUAACAACUGUUUAAAUUACUCAGAAUCUUAAAUUAUAUUCUCAACAAAAAUUAGCGGAAAUAUUAGCAUAUUUAAUUGGGUGUAAGGUAGGGAAGAAAGAAGAUAUGAAACCAAAGAAAUUAAUAAGGGAAUUCAAACUGUAAGCUAGAAUUAAAAUGGAAUUGUUUGCAUGAUGAUCCAUCCUUAAAAGAGUAAUUAUAUCUUAAUAAGUUGUUAAAGCGGUGCUUUUGGAGUUUGGGAUACUGAGAGAGCAACUAUAGAAAAAAAGAUUGCUCAACUAUAGAAUCCUAUUUAAACAAUGGAUAGAUAGUCAUUUAAUUAAAUUGUUAUAUCAGAUGGAAAAGAUUAUUAGCUUUUAUAAAUCUCAUAAAUUCUUAACUUUUAAUCAAAAAAGUAUACAAGUUACCACUUUAAUGAUAUUAAUCAUGUCUUACAUUUGGAUGAUGAGUUCUUUUUGACUUCAGAUACUUCAGGUAGGCUUAGGAUUUGGUAGCUAGAAUAACCUUACAUACUUCCAGAUGGUAUGAUCGGAACAGCUAAUCAUCCUGUUUUUAAUAUUCUUCAAUGUCCAGAACUUAGUUCUUUAAAUAAUUCUAUUUCAUCAUCAGCUAUUCAUGAAAGUAGUAAGCAAUAUAAUACAAUUUAAAAUAAGCAAACAGACUAUUCAUCAAACUAAAAUUAUUAAUAAUUUAACUAAUAAUCUAUUUAAAGUAACAAUAAUAAUCAAAUUGCUAAUAGCUAUAGUAAUUAAAAUUAGUAAAAUAAUUACAUAAAUGAUCAAACCUACGAAUAAGAAGAAGCAAACAAUCAUAUUAAUGAUUAUGAAACUAACUAAAACCAAGAAUAAUUAUCAAUGAAGCAUUUAUAGGCAAUGGAGAAUGAUUAAGAAUAAACAUUUUCUAAUUCUAAAUUUGUAAAUGAUUCAUAGGAUAAUAUAUAACCUGAAUAAUAAUAAAAGCAGGAUUUAAUUUUAGAUAUCUAACAGUAGAAAUCAAAAUAUGAUGAACUUGAAUAUGCUGAUUAAACUCCUCAAUUUAAUCCAAGCUCUUUUGAAAAUUUAAACAAUGAGAAAUCUCAAUCUGGAGAAAAAGGAUAGAAUAAAGUAAAGCUUCUUAAUUUGGAAGAGGCUUUCAAUAUUAAGAGAUUAGAGCUUGAAAAAUAAUAACAAUAAAAUAAUAGUGGAGCAACAUUGUAGCCAAUUUAUAGUUUGUAUAGUAAAAUACCUACUGCUUAGUAUCAAUCAAAUCACUUGUAAGCCUAAGAUCAAGAAGGUAAACUAACUGAUAUUCAAAACUAGAUAAUACAAAGCGACAGAAGCAUGGCUUCUGAGUUUAGUUUGUAUAAGCAUAACAGAAAUAACUCUAGAGAAGAAGAUCAUGAGAUUCUCUAGCCAGAUUUAGGAGAAGAUGAUGAUGAAGGUAGAUAAUUGAAUUAAGAUGAUUGUGAAUAAGAAACUCUAUGUUUAAAUGAUAAUAUAUAAAAAGAUUAACAACAAAAUACUUUAAAGGUAAACGAUAAUGAUGUCCAUAAUUACAAUUCUGUUGUAAGUAAUACAAGUGAAUCAUAUUUAGCUGCUAUACACUCUCAUCUUGUACAACGUCCAAGCUUAUAAGCUGAAAAUAUUCAAUAAAAUGUACUUAAAUAGCAUAAUGAAUCUAAUUAAAUAAGUAAUAGCUAGCUCAGUAAUAUGAUAAAUGUAGUAAAUUAAAAACUAAUUUAAAUAAAUUCAGAUCCAUAAUUAUAGUAAUCAAUAAAGAGCAACGAAGCAUUUAAGUAAGCUUAACAAAAAGGAAGUCCAUUGAUAAGCUAAGAAGAGGCUUAAUAAUUGAGAAUGGAAUUAGAAAACCUGAGGUUAAAAAUUAACGAGUAUAAAAAAUUAAACGAUUCGUUAGACGUUAACCAGUAAAUAAUAACAAAAAAGUUAAAUAUGGAAAUAGAAAAAAGUGAAAGUGAAAAAUUAGAAAAAGAGAAAUUGAUAACUGAGUUAAAUCAGAUAAAAGGAGAAAAUGAUAUUUUAAAAUCUAAUUUAUUGAAUUUGCAAUUAGAAAAAGAUCAAUUUACAAGUGUUAAUAGUAACAAAGAAGAAGAAAUAAGAUAAUUGAGACAGAUAAAUACCAAUUAUGAAAAAGAAGUACUCUAAUAUAAAUAAUAAAAAGAAAUACUUGAAGAGGAAAUCAGAGUCAUUUAGUAAAACUAAAAAACAGAUUCUAUGAUGAGGGAAAACAUUUUUAAUGAAAACUAAAAUCUCAUUAAAAUUAAUUAAGAGCUGAACUUGAAUGUGACUUCUUUGUAGAGUCAAAUACAGAAUAUGACAAUUUAGAAGCACUAAGAGAAUUAAAAGAUUUUAGAAGAAAAUUCUAAUCUUCUGAAAUAAAUUUCAACAAUGAAGAUAGAGAAGUAAAACUUGAUAAGUUAAAAUGAAAAUCUUGUAAAUAAUAAUCAAUAGUUGAUUAAUCAAUGCAAUAAUAUUGCUAAAGAGAAAGCAGCUUCAACAUAAGAAAUCGAAGAGCUUAAAAAAUAAAAUACAGCAAGCAGAAAAGAAAUAACUUUUUACUAAUAAGAAAACAGUAAAUUGUAACAGUAAAACGAAGCAACCCAGAAAGAGUUAGCUAAUUUAAAGCAUUAAUUUGAUAAUUCUAAGUUAAAUUACUCAAACGAAAGAUAAAAUUUCAUAGAUAAAGUUAAUUAAAUCAUUACUGAAUAAGCAAAUGAGAAAAACCUAAUCUAACUUACAGAGUGCAUUAAAAAUUCUUAAAUUUCAGUGAAAGAGUUGGAGUAAAUCUAAAAAAAUAUUUAUGAAAAGCAAAUAAAAAACCUUUACAGCUAAAUUGACGAGUAAUAAAGAGAAAACUAGCGCAUUUUAAAAUAAACAUCUUAAAUUGAGAUUUAAAAUAAAAAUUUAAUACAAGAUAUUGAAAAUACAAGAAAGGAAAAUGAAAGACUUAAAAGCGACUUACGUAGAACUAAAGAUUCUCUUGAACACUGGGUAAAGUAAUAUAGUGUUUUGUUAGAUAGAGAGAAGCUUUAAAUUAAGAACAUAGAAUCUAAAGAAGAACUUAUUCUACUUCUGAAGCAAGAAAUAGAAAAAUUAAAUUCUCUUUAUCAGUAGUAGCUUCAAGAUUAAAUAAACCAUAAUGCAACGAUUAAUGGAAAUUCAAAUAAUAAUAUUUAUGAAUAAUGCAGAAAGGAAUUGCUACUGGAUGAAUGGAAUUCUCUUCUCUCUCUUAUAGAAAAUGAAUCUAUGGCUUAGUUUAGCAGAAUAGAAUAAACUAAUAGAAAAUCAGAAAAGAUAGCUGUAAUCCCAUAGGCAAAUAUUAUUUAAACUCAGCAAUUAAAGCACUAAUUCUAACCUGUGCAAUAAGCAAAUUAUUUUUCACACUAAAAAGAUCCAAGAAAUUCUCAAAAUUCUAAUUAAAUUUUCAUAUAAAAAGAUUAUUAAAUUGCAAGCCAAAGUGAUAAUAAAUCUAAUUAUCAAAAUCCUCUAUCAUAAAUUACCUAAAACAUUCCAAGCUAAUCUAAAUAAAAUUCUCAAAGCUAAUUAUCUAAUAGCAUAUCACCUCUCUACUCAAAAAAUUUAUUUUAAUAAUCAAUAGACAUUAAACAACCUUCAACUCCAAAUCAAAUAAAAUCCUAAAUCAACUAAUUUGAAUAAAAUUUAUCUUAAAAAUAAUUCUAAAAUAAUACUUCACCUAAUUUACAGUCAAGCUAAAUCACUACUUCUCCAUAAUCUUCAGUUAAAGCUUAAGUAAGUGUCACACAAUAAUAUAAUACAAAUAUAAAACCAAAACCAUAACAAAGUUUUAAUGGUUCAGAAACACCUCAAACACCAUCUUAGCCUUAUUUGAGUGCAGAAAAACAAAUUCAAAAACCUGAAAACGAAAUUAGUUAGUAAAAUAACUCAGCUCAUGAGAAAAAAAAGUUUACAAAUUAUUAUUCUUAUCAAAAUGAAGCAAUUAAUUAAAAGCUAAAUUCUAACUAAGCAAUUACUUAAAAUGAAAAUCAGAAAUAAUUUAAUCACAGCAGUUAAAAUAAUUUAUAGACUAAAAAUUUCUUCUCAGCUUAAAAAAGUGAAAAAGAUACUAAUACUUAAGGCCAAUACAACAAUCCUAGCAUCACCUAAUAAUACUCUUCUAAUCAUAAUACAAAUAACAACAAUAGUAACUUGAUCCAUUACAGAAGCAAAUCAGACAUUAGUUAAUCUAAUUAAUAAGAAAUGAUAAACAAAUCAAAAGAAAAGGUAUAAGUAUAAAAUUAUAUCGAAAGUCAGCCUUAAAAAGAAGAUAUAUCUAAUGAGCAUAGAAGCAAAAGCCCUUAAUCUGUGAACAUCUCAAAUUAAAUUUAGCAAUAAUAAAAAAAGCAGUAACAACAAUAAUAACAAUAAUAAUAAUUAUAGUAGUAGCAGUAGUAAUACCAAUAAAACAUUUAAAACUAUUAAUAAAAAAAUGUUACCUAUUAAAAUAAUUAUAGCAACAGCAAUUAGAAUAAUUUAGUUUAACCUGAAAAAUCAGAUAGAUCUAUUUCUGGACUAUAAAACUUGAAAAAUAUGAAAAAGAAUAUUUCGCUUACUAACGUUUCUUCACAACCUAUUUCAACAUUGAACAUAGCUACUAUUUCUCCAAGUUCUUAUAAUGAUAGACCUUCUGAAUUUAUCAGAAGAUAAAUUGAGCAUUAGCAAUAUGUUUAAUAUAUAGACACCAAAAAUUAUGACUCCCUUAGAUCUCUCACUCCCUAACCAGCUAAAUCUAAUUUUGUUUUCUAAUCAAACAACAUCAAUUAAGAAAAGCAAAUAGUUACUGAUUAAACUACAUAAAAUACCUAAAACGAAGAGAUCCUACCAAGAAGAGAUACAUUUGAUCCUUAAGCCUUUAAAAAAGAAAAAUUAGAAGUAUAAACAGAUUAUCCUAAAACAUAUAGUAGUUAGAGUCCUUUAGGAAGAUUAGCAACUACUCCAGUUACAGGCAACUCAAACAUAGGUAGUAUGAUUUAUCCUAGUUAUUUAGGUGAUACUCGUAAAUAAAUAUCUUUUACACCUACUCCAUCUGUCAAAAAAUAAAAGAUUUAAGAAGCUCUAAAAAUGACAUACUUAAAUAAUAAAGAUGAAUAAACAUAAUAUAAUAUUUAAAAAUUAUCUAACCAAGGAGCUGUAUCCUAAAAUUGA